AUGAUGCGAGAUUGGACAGAGAACCUGGUACGGUGGAGAGGAAAAGGCGAUCAAGAAGCCAGAAUUCUUUCUCCCAAAAAACGAACCAUCCUGGCGAAUUCCCUGCCCGUAUCCCCAGACCCCUACAGGCUCAAAGUCCACAGACCCGCUGCUGGAUCCGCAAUCUCAUCCCACCGAGAAGAACGUGUUCUAGGACAUCGUCAUGCCUCGUUCUGGCGAUGGACGGAAGUGGAGGCCAGCGAGGCCGCUAACCACUUGGCGAAAUACAGUUGUCCGUUACCAAUAUUUGAAAGCACGAGAACAGAAAAUAAUACAUACAUAGCUAUUACGGAGUACUAUGUACGUUCAGCCAAGUUCACCCCCUCAGCUGGAGGAAUCUUCGGGCCCUUGGCUCGGAAUUCCAUGGCCGUGGAGGGGGGGAUAAGGGUUGGGAAUACUCCGGAGCCAAGUUCCAACUCAAAGAGUGUUUAUGUAUUACCAGAGCACAUCAGGAGGACAGUUGUACGGCUUACAGAGGUAGGGCUGGAUCCGCAUAUCUUUGCCUUGUUUUGA